CAGGUAGUAAAUAAUUUAGUUAUUAAAGGUCCUGCGGCCUGUCACAAGUAUUCUGUCACAAAGCAUCUAUCACAGGUAGUACAUACAUAAACCAGCACUACUGUAUUCCAUUGAAUGUACAAAAGAAACACUCUGGCCAUAGUUUGCUGGCCCAUGAAAUAAAGAUUUAAAAUUUAGGGUGUGGGUUUUUUUCCCCAAGAUUUAUAUUUUGGAAAAAAAAAAAAGUCAAUGUACUGAAAAGUUGGAAGAAUAGUUUUGUUCCUUUAAAAAGAUGAUCUUUUUUUCCUUCUAUUACUAUUUCCUUUGACUAUAAGCUUUGGAUCCUGUACUCAAGCCCCUCACCCCUGUCCUGAUUUUGUCCCUCUCCUGAUUGAUAACACACUGCCUUUUGUCUACUACUUUUUACUUCUUCAAAGACGUUUCAUGUGUAUCCUUAACCAUCUAGGAAGCUGGAAGGGUACAUUAGAGUCUAAGUCGCCUAAAGAGGCUCUUAUUUUUAGUCCAAAAAUAAUCAAGAUCAAGGUCCUGUUGUCUUGGUGAUUGUAACAGUAAAAUGGAGGUGUCAGCUUCCCAGCCUAAAGCAAUGGAUAAUUCCUGGAAAGUCACAUUGAAUAUUAGUGUCCCUGCAAAUAGAAGGGAUUAUUUGUAAUGUGCUAAGGUCUAUUUUUACUUUUUUCUUUUCAUAUUUUUAACUAGUUUUCAAGAUCUUUAUUAACUUAUUUCGUUCUUUUCUCCCUCUAAUUUUAUUAGCUGCCUUUAUGUUCGGCAAUUUCUGUUAGCCAGAUUAUUAGUACAAACUUGGAUUACUUCUGAUUUUUAAUGAACAUUAUGUCUGGUUGGAAGACUAAAGGUAGAGGGAUCUACUAUGCAGUCAACUUCUCCAUUUCAAAAUUUAAGUUGUUAAGUCUAUGAUAUAACAUUAGAAAAGGAGGAAAUAGACCUACACUGGGACCCAUGGAGUCAACAAAUCUAAAAAUGUAUUUAAAGUCAUUUGAUUGUUUUAAAUGAUUUUCCUUUUCAAAGUCUGCAUACUUUAUGGUGAAAGGAGUUUCAAAUGAAAACAAAUGGAGGUAGUUGUAGGGAGAAGUUAAGUCAUUUUAACUGGCCAGUGUUAACUCCAUAUAAUAACAAUCUAAGUCACUGAGGUUACUUGACUUGAUUCUGAAGGUUGUUGAAGGAAGGUGAAGGUCUAGAGAGUGAGACAUGGAAGGUGACUCCUAGCUGGAUUUGGUCAGAGAGGUGUGCUACAUACAGUUAGAGACCAGUAGGGUAGGGCAACCCUGUUGAAUAGGCAAGGACUGUGGAUGUAAUAGUUGCUAUAUUCAAUGCUGGAUGUAGGGUCUGUGGCUAUCAAUCUUUCCCAGGCAGAGACUUGGAGAUAUGAGAUGGCAGGACCCCAUUAGGAUGACUAGGUGUUUACAGGGGCAAGAGCAUUGUGGGAGAUGGCAGGAGCCAGUGCUGGGAAGGUAAGAGAAAGGCCUGAAGGUGAAUUCAGGGCCUGGUUUGUUACCUCCAGCAAGGACAAAGGUUUUGAAGAGCUACAAAGGGUCUUAAGUACUUGCUAAAAAUAUUAACAAUUAUUUUAAUUGCCUUCUGUAAAGAGCAUAGCUCCUUUUCAGUGGUCAGCAGUGUAAAGGAAGAAAUGAGCUGGUAGGGGAAAGUGCCCACUUCAUUGUGGAAAUUCUACCCUCUAUGCUGAAGGAGAUUUUGAUAUAUAGUGAUCUGGAAAGGUAAAAUGAUAAGUGGCCAAGAUGAUAUAACUACAGAGGAUCAAUUCAGUUGUCUGGAAGGGGUCUGAGAGCACUGAAAUGAACCUAGUUACUUUGGGCAUAGGGGUACAGAUGGAAGAAGCUGGCAGGGUAAGACAUCUCACCAAGCAACGAAAAUCCACUUGCAGGUUUUCUACUGGACCUGGAGGUAAUGGGGAGGAAACUCUCACAUAAUUAGGAAUGUAAAAUGGAACUAAAUUGAUCAGCUUUAGGUCAUAGAGCCUUUUAUUUUAAAUUUACUCAGGUUUUUUUUUUUUCAUGGGAUUUAAAUUAAAAAUGUAUUUUUAAAAUUAUUCAAACCCAGAAUUUAUUGUAAAAAUGAUGAGUGAAAUCAGGAGCUGUAGAAUUGAAAAUAUUGACCCUCCCUGUUAUUCCUAACAAUAUAAAUAUUUUAUUGCUGUUUAUUGAUAGAGCAAAGUAGCAUCUAAACAUGCCUUCUGACAUAAAACUGUACAGUUUGCUCAUCCAGGAGCACCAGCCUUCAAAAUAUUUGGACAAAAGGUGUUGAUGAGAAGAUCUGGUAGCUCCUCACUAGGUGGGUUGCAGAGGCAAUAAAAGCUCACAACCUCAGUGCAUCACAAGAGGUGGUCUCUCAUCUAUUUUCCUCUAUUUAGAGGAAUUCCCUGCUAAUGAGGAAGCCAGUUGGCUGUUUGCCUAGUGCCAUCUGGAGACCUGCAAGUGUCACAGAAGUUUGUUAGGCCUUUUAGAUGUUGACUUUGUGGACUUGUCUACUGACAGGUGGUGACCUUCACUGGGGUGAACUCAGAGAACUAUGGCGUUGGGUUUGACUCCUUUCAGCAUUCAAGCAGAAAUGCUGUUCAGUUGCCUCCCACACCUAUUGCCUAUUUAGUGGCCACUUGGCCUUCCCUGCCAUUUGGUGGCAUUGCCCCUCCCCCCUCUGCAUUCCCUCCUCCCACCUGCCAGUUUCUAAACAGAUCUUGCCCAAUCUGGCUCCAUUCUAUGUGUACCCAUUUGAAAAGAACUUGGGUAACAGGCAGAGAUAGAGGAGGCUCUGCAUUUCUUUGAAGAUUCAGGACAAAAUAAUCCUACAGUACCUUCCAGUGGUUAUGCUUUUACCUUUUCCUGGUUUGAAGGAAUUAUCUAGUUAAUAGGUGAGAAAACAUAAGAAAUUGAGAAUCUGGUGUAAAGCCCAGCUCAGUGUCUCAUGUGAACUAUUUUGUCAUUAGUGGUUGUAAAACCAUAUGGAAACUCCAAAGAAAAGUUCAGUCUAAUUUUCUGCUUUCAGUCUGAAUUCAAGAAGAUUCUACUGGUGUGUUGAUAAAAGCCUCUGCGUGUACACAUUGCUGUGUUAUACUUAAGGCAAUUCUGCUUGCAUAAAAAGAUUUUUGAAAAGCAAAUGAUAAUGUCUCUAAAUCAAGAUGGCUCAGUUCUGACAAUUUUUACACAUAAGGUACAACAUUCAAAACAUAGGUUUCAAUUUUUUUUUUUAUUGUGCUCCUAAGCUAUCUGGGCAUAUGUUUUUCAUUGGGGGAAAAAAUUCCAGAAAUUGAUCAUUUUUAUUCCACUAAAUUAAUGGUGAGGAACUAAUUUGAUAAAACAUGUCUGUAAUUCAACACAAAAAGCACAUUCAUUUGUUCUUUUUGCCUGUAGGAAACAUCUUAAGACUAUUUUACUAAAGGAUAGGGUCACCUAGAGGGGAAAUCUGUCGUCUUAAAUCGUUCUUCUUUACACGUCAUCAGCCAAUACAUGAGCUUGGGUGGGUGCUGCAACAACUGGAGGAGGGGAUGUUGAGAGAGCUCAGAGAAUCCUUGCUUUUUCCUGCGGUGAGAGGGACUUUAUCUCUUCAGAGAAGCGAUGGUCUGAAAACACACUGCGAGUUGGUAGAGACGCGAACCGCUCAAAUAGGGCUGCUGGCCGUGUUCCUGCCUUCGUCCACGUGUGCCUCGGGGAGUUGUAAAGUGAGUUUUGAGAAUAAGGCGGGAAGCCCAGGUUUGAUAUCCUGGAGCUAUGUUCCCGAGGGCCGAAGGCCAAGGUGGCAUCCGACCAAGGGCGCCUUCCACUGGGUGGGCGCGCCGCUGGUCCCCGGCCCUUGCCUUCAGCAUCUUCACCUUGCUCCCCUUCCUCCGAAGUUGCGGAGGUGCCGGGAAGAGGAGGGGCCUCGUCUCGGGCGCCCGAGUGAUUGGUUGUCCGGGGUCCUUGGCGAGGGCUCUGUGGUCCAGCCCUGGUGGAGAGGGGCGGAGCGGCCACUGCUCCAACCACCGCCGCCACCGCUACAGUCGCAGCCGCCGCAGCCCCGGCCGCUGGGGAAGUCACUCCGAGCGGCUGCUUUCCGGGUGCCCCGACACGGACAGGGAGCGCCGCGCUCAGCUCGUUUUGCGCCAGAGCCAUGCCCCGCAGCCGCGUGUAACCGCCGAGCUUCGACCGCCGCGAGCCCACCUCGUGCACCGUCCCUCGCCCGAGCCGAGCUUUCUGUGCACGCAACUCCCUCGGCCCCCGCCGCCCCGCAGAACCAUGCUCCGGGCGACUGCCUUUGGGGCCCCGGUGUCACUGCUGCUGCCGCCCCUGCUGCUGCUGCUGUUGCCGCUGCCCCGCGGCACUGGGGGGCUGGAGGAGCGCUUGGACGUCGCCUCGGACUAUUCGGCUCUGGAAGGCGAGGAGGGCGCGGAGCAGCAGCUGGAGCAUUACCACGACCCGUGCAAAGCCGCUGUCUUCUGGGGAGACAUUGCUUUGGAUGAAGAUGAUCUGAAGUUAUUUCACAUCAACAAGGCCCAAGACUGGACCAAGCCAUCAGUGGAGGAGUCGGGUCACAGCACGGGUGGCCUUGAAGAGCAGCCAUCUGAGAGCUGGCCAAAUGCUACCGCCUUGAAUACCAGCAGCCAGGAAGCUAGAAAGGAUGGCAAGGAGGACAUAAUGCUUCUGCACAGCCCUGGGACCUUGGAUGCCACAGCCAAGACCUUCUCUGCCCGGGUCCGAAGAGCCACAACUUCAAGAACAGAGAGGAUAUGGCCUGGAGGCGUCAUCCCCUAUGUCAUCGGAGGGAACUUCACUGGCAGCCAGAGGGCCAUUUUUAAGCAGGCCAUGAGACACUGGGAAAAGCACACCUGUGUGACCUUCAUAGAGAGGACAGACGAGGAAAGCUUUAUCGUUUUCAGUUACAGGAACUGUGGCUGUUGUUCCUACGUUGGGCGUCGAGGAGGGGGACCCCAGGCCAUAUCCAUUGGCAAAAACUGUGACAAGUUUGGCAUCGUGGCUCACGAGCUGGGCCAUGUGGUUGGUUUCUGGCAUGAGCACACCCGGCCAGACAGAGAUCAGCAUGUCACCAUCAUCAGAGAAAACAUCCAGCCAGGUCAGGAGUAUAAUUUCUUAAAAAUGGAAGCUGGGGAAGUAAGCUCUCUGGGAGAGACCUACGACUUUGACAGCAUCAUGCACUACGCCCGGAACACCUUCUCAAGAGGAGUUUUCUUAGACACCAUCCUUCCCCGUCGGGAUGACAAUGGCGUCAGGCCCACCAUUGGCCAGCGUGUGCGUCUCAGUCAGGGAGACAUAGCUCAAGCCCGGAAGCUGUACAAAUGCCCAGCAUGCGGGGAGACCCUGCAGGACACAACAGGAAACUUUUCUGCACCUGGUUUCCCAAACGGCUACCCUUCUUACUCUCACUGCGUCUGGAGAAUCUCUGUCACUCCAGGGGAAAAGAUCAUCCUGAACUUCACAUCCAUGGAUUUGUUUAAGAGCCGCCUGUGCUGGUAUGAUUACGUGGAGGUCCGGGAUGGUUACUGGAGAAAAGCCCCCCUCUUGGGUAGGUUUUGUGGCGAUAAAGUCCCAGAGCCCGUGGUCUCCACCGACAGCCGGCUCUGGGUAGAGUUCCGCAGCAGCAGCAACAUCCUGGGCAAAGGCUUCUUCGCGGUGUAUGAAGCUACCUGUGGAGGAGACAUUAACAAAGAUGCCGGCCAGAUUCAAUCUCCCAACUACCCAGAUGACUACAGGCCUUCCAAGGAAUGUGUGUGGAGGAUUACGGUUUCCGAGGGGUUCCACGUGGGACUUACCUUCCAAGCUUUUGAGAUUGAAAGGCAUGACAGCUGCGCCUACGACUACCUGGAGAUUCGGGAUGGCCCCACGGAAGACAGCGCCCUGAUUGGCCACUUCUGUGGCUACGAGAAGCCCGAGGAUGUGAAAUCGAGCUCCAAUAGACUGUGGAUGAAGUUCGUGUCCGAUGGUUCCAUCAACAAGGCGGGGUUUGCAGCCAAUUUUUUCAAGGAGGUGGAUGAAUGCUCCAGGCCGGAACAUGGCGGGUGUGAGCAGCGCUGUGUGAACACGCUGGGCAGCUACAAGUGCGCCUGCGACCCCGGCUAUGAGCUGGCCACCGACAAGAAGACAUGUGAAGUGGCCUGUGGCGGUUUCAUUACCAAGCUGAACGGAACCAUCACCAGCCCUGGGUGGCCCAAGGAGUAUCCCACAAAUAAAAACUGUGUCUGGCAGGUGGUGGCCCCUGUUCAGUACCGCAUCUCCCUGCAGUUCGAAGUGUUUGAACUGGAAGGCAAUGACGUUUGCAAGUACGACUUUGUGGAGGUACGCAGUGGCCUGUCCCCUGACGCCAGGCUGCAUGGCAAGUUCUGUGGCUCAGAGACCCCCGAGGUCAUCACCUCGCAGAGCAACAACAUGCGCGUGGAGUUCAAGUCUGACAACACCGUCUCCAAACGCGGCUUCAGGGCCCACUUCUUCUCAGACAAGGACGAGUGCGCCAAGGACAAUGGUGGCUGCCAGCAUGAGUGUGUCAACACGUUUGGGAGCUACCUGUGCAGAUGCAGGAGCGGCUACCGGCUGCAUGAGAAUGGACACGACUGUAAAGAGGCUGGCUGUGCGCACAAGAUCAGCAGUGCAGAGGGGACCCUGGCAAGCCCCAACUGGCCUGAUAAAUACCCCAGCCGGAGGGAGUGUACCUGGAACAUCUCUUCAACCGCAGGCCACAGGGUGAAACUCACAUUCAAUGAGUUUGAGAUCGAGCAGCACCAGGAAUGUGCCUAUGACCACUUGGAGAUGUACGAUGGGCCCGACACCCUGGCCCCCCUCCUUGGCCGGUUCUGCGGCAGCAAAAAGCCAGACCCUGUGGUGGCUUCGGGAAGCAGCCUGUUUCUCAGGUUUUAUUCAGAUGCCUCCGUGCAGAGGAAAGGCUUCCAGGCAGCAUACAGCACAGAGUGUGGGGGCAGGCUGAAGGCCGAAGUGCAGACCAAAGAGCUGUAUUCCCAUGCCCAGUUUGGGGACAACAACUACCCAAGCCAGGUCCACUGUGACUGGGUGAUAGUGGCAGAGGACGGCUACGGCGUGGAGCUGAUAUUCCGGACCUUUGAGGUGGAGGAGGAGGCCGACUGUGGCUAUGACUACAUGGAGGCCUACGACGGCUAUGACAGCUCAGCACCCAGGCUCGGCCGCUUCUGUGGCUCAGGGCCACUGGAAGAGAUCUACUCUGCAGGGGAUUCCCUGAUGAUUCGCUUCCACACGGAUGACACUAUCAACAAGAAAGGCUUUCAUGCUCGAUAUACCAGCACCAAGUUCCAGGAUGCCCUGCACAUGAAGAAAUAACGCCCACGUCCUCGAAAGAUAGGAACUGAGAAUGUUCUUACAACAGCAGCACCUGGCAAAUCAGCCCUGAAACAGUGUACAGGAUUUUUUUCAAGUAAAAACUCAAAAUCCAGUCUUGAAGGUCUAUAUUUGGAUGAAGCCCCACAUGCAUGUUUGGCCAAGGAGGAGAGAUGUCCCUCUGGUUCCAGUGACAGUGUUGUCAGUGGUGGGCCUCUGGAGAUUACGGCCUGAAGUCCACUCAAGCUGUGCUUCUUCCUGCUCGCUCUCCUUCCUUUGUUCCUGGGGGGCCAGAGGCCAGCUCUGGAGUUGGUCAGUCCUCUUCCUCCUGCUUCCAUAGGUGCCAGGAAAUGUGACCAAAUCCUGGAGACGCAGGUUACACUGAGCAGUGAGAAUAAAAGCUUGGCCGACUUGUUACAGCUUUGGCUGGAAACUUUCGCCUUUUCUCCUCCAGGGACAUGUCAACCAGGAAACCUGAAAAGGUAGACAUCCAGGGAAAAGAGACAUCACAGCAAGCAGCACACACAAGAGCUCUGAGCACCAGCAUUAUCAUCGCUAAGGUGGAAGACCUCAGGCAUGGCCCUCCCUGCCCUCUCUAGGCUUCUCCAUCCCUCAUUGCACUAAGGGACCAUAGCAUCCACUAAACUCCAGCAGAACAUUUGCUGUGGAGAAUUCUUAGUUUGCCAAGAAUAAAACAUCCUGGCUCAUUCUGUUAGUCCCUCGAUCACUGACUUGAGGAUCCCCAUCUGUGCUUGGGGGAGGUCCCUGGGCCUGGAAGACCCUCCAGCGAUGGAAACAUGCGCUGCUGUGAACCUUGACUCCCUGACAGCGGGUUCAAACUGCACCUGCAAGACGUGCAAAGACAUCUCAGGAGGGGCCCGUUCAGGUCCCUCUCGGGUGAACACUGUGGAAAACUGGUUCAUUCUGUUAUGUAGGAAUCAUCACCUGGUGGAACAAGUCCACUUGUGACCAAUCUCCUGUAAUCAGACAGGUUCAAGAGUGUGCUGGUGACUUUUCUCAGAUUAACUAGCAUCCGAUCAAUGGAACGCUAGCAUUCGGUCAACUUGCAAUCAGGAUUCACAACAUGCGGCACUUGUUCUAGGGAAGUAUGGGGGAUGAUGUUUACAUAAUUUUAGCACCUCAAGGUAUAAUUUAAACAGUGAUGUAGUUUUGAAUGGCAUUUCAUUAAGGCAUCUAUGGGCAUUAUGAGCUAAAAGCUGUGGUAUGUUAGCUUUAAAAGAGUAUUUAUGUUGGAAUAAUUUAAAAAUAAUGUUUACAUGACAGUAAGUCCUGUUUGGCUGGUGUGUUGAAAACAGGGCGGCCCCUGAGAGUACUUCCACUCAGAGCCAAGACGCUCCCCAGCCCUGGAAUUCCUUUGGGAUCAAUCAUCGUGUUGAACACAGUAUUUGUAAAAGGCUAGAGGUUCUAUUUUUAAAAGAUCAGAAUAUGCCACCAGAAGAUGAUGUUCCAUUAAAUGAUGGCUGGGAGUAAAAACUCAAAUAAUACAAAGAAGAGUAAAAGAAGUGCAGGGGAAUACUUUUUUUCCCUUAAAACAGAAAGAAAUCAAAUUAAUAAUAAUAAUAAUAAUAUAUGUCUGUAUAUAUGUAAGUAUGUAAAGGAUCAGCUGUCAAAGCCUUAAUCAAUGCAGUGUGAAGAAUGCCCACCCACUAGUGGAGCUUUGUUGUACAGGCCCCGGUGCUGGCCAUAUGUGUUUUGCUGUCACCAAGCUCUCCUCUGGCUUUCCUUGGCCCUGGACUGAGUUUCAGCCUCCAUUCUCACAUCUUGGUAGAUGGCAGACCCUGCCCAGGAUGAACUUUGAGGUGACCAAUGGAGUCCCUAUUCUCACGGUUCAGACCCCUCCUGCCUGUUCUGGUGGGUUCUGCUGCUCAGAUCUAUGGAUCUUCUGAGGUUGAUUUUGUCCCAUUUUGUCUGUCAAUGUUGAAACUGAAAUCAGAAUGCAUAAGGAGGACGCUAAGGGUCUCUCUCCAAGGAGAUGAGAAUUCUGCAUUUUUAACCUUGAGAAGUUUUAAGUAAGAUGAAGAGAUUCCACGGAGAUGUGGGAGGGAGGGAGAAACAGGGCUGGUUUCAGCAUUGGGUACCCUGGUGACACACUGAUGAUUCAUUGCUUUAGUGUGAAUGUUUCCAAAAAUACACGACUCCAACCACUGUCACCAUGUGGCCAAUUCACAACAAUGGGGCCCUUAUGAAAACCUUUAUUUAGGCCUGUGAGUGACGUAGACCCAGAAGACAAGCUCUAAUUCAGCUGGGGCUGGACAGGCCCUCCUCUGGAAGCCUGAACCCUUGGGGAUCUACGCAGGACACAGUCCUGCAAAGAGCUUCAAGGCUGACUUCGCAAGGUAAAGUCCAUUAGGCAGAAAGACCCAGGCCCCUGCACGGGCUCUUCCAAUUGCUCAGCAACCUGCCUGCAGAUGUCUCUGGAAGUGGACGGAGGAGCCAGAGGAUGACCCUUCAUCUUGCUUUGUCCUUUAACUGGGUGCCAUGCCUUGGGUGUCACAGAGCUUCAAGACUAGAGAAUUAACUUCAAACGAAGUUACCUGGUGGAGUUUGGGAUCUGGGUCUCCAGCCUGGUCUAAUUUUAGUGUAAUCAGAGCUCACAGAAGCCAGGGCCUGCAGCCGAGAGCAGGAGAAGGGUCUCGAUUUAACAUUAGGCAGUAGAAUUUCUUCAAACAGAGGAGGCAAGGCUGUGUACUGAUUCACUAUUUUCUCUAUUUUCCUCUAAAGUUUCCAUUUCUAUUUUACUACUUCCCUCAAAAGUGUCAUAGAAUCCACAAAUGGCUCAGCCUGUUUAAAUUAUUUGUUAAAUAUGGGCUAACUGGCAGAUUCACAUAGGAAUUUACCAUCCACCUGAUCUGUUUGAUAAUUCUUGGUAUUGUUAGUACUCAGUUUGGGAACAAACGUUUCCUCGGCUUCGGCAGAUGUUUUCAAGUUUUUUCUUUAUAGAUUGAACUUCUGAAAAAUAAUCCCAGAUGCCUAAAAGGUUUCUUUAAAACAAAAAAUUAAAGCGUUAUCUAUAAAUGUAUGGGUAUUUUUUAUUUUGAGUAACUUUACAUUUCAGGAAAUGAUGUCAAGGAGAAUGUGUGUGUGGAGGGGGGAGCUAACAUACAUCUGUUUAGAAAGGAUGCCUCAUUAAACGAUGUGGAUUUAUUGGUGUGUCCCAGGUGUGUGUUACUAGUUCAGACAGAAUGGGUUCUCUUCAUGAUCAUUUUCUCCACAACCACCAGCACUCGGGCAGGGUGUGGCAGGGGGCUUUCUCUAGAGCCUUCUAUCCCCUGGUGAGUGUCAAGCACAUAGCCCAGAACACAGUUCCCUACUGGACUCAGAAAAGCACAAGCAAAGCAAAGCAGGCAGCUCUCACACUUGCCCCUUAGCCUUGCACAUCCCCAGCCUGGCCAGAGGGUAUUGGGCCUGAAACUUCAGUUCUUCAGCACAGGUUUGAAUCUGCAUGUGAUAGAAGCAUAAUUGGCGCCAGUUGCACUGAUUCAAAUGGUGUAGUCAUUGGAAACAUCCCCACUUUACAGAUUAAGAGACUGAGGCUGCCAACUGCCUACGAGCAGACAGCCACCAGCCAGUAGGGUCUCCAUGGCCUUAAAUGCAGGUCCUACUGUAUUCUCUGUCUUGCGGGUACCAUCAGAUUCAGCUUAGAUGGUCACUUUGGUCCUGGGAACUGGAAGGACCCU